UGGUGGUGGCGAUGGUGGUGGUGGUGGUGCCGUGUCGGCCCCGCGCCGCGUCACCGUCUCGUUCGCCACCAAGAUGGAGAUGCUGAGGGCGCUGGAGGGGAACCCCAACCAGUCGCGCGUCGCCGCCGACUUCGGGGUGUCGCGCAGCGUGGUCAACAGGACCCUCAAGAACCGAGAGGAGAUUUUACGGCGGUCAUCGUCCUACAACUCGGACCGCAAGCGAAAGCGCAACUGCAAGGAGGCGGCCAUCGACGAGGCUCUCUUCGUCUGGUUCCAGCACAAGUUGGCGCUGGGAGCGCGCCUCAGCGGGCCCCUCAUGAAGGAGAAGGCUCGCCAGCUCGCGGCCGAGCUCGGCCGCGAGUUCGAGCCGUCCGACGGGUGGUUCAAUCGGUUCAAGGCGCGGCACAGCAUCGCCUUGCGACGGGAUCGCGCCGAGACGCCGCGGCUUGGGCAGCGUGCCGUGCCGGAAUCGGCCGAGCGGCGGCGAGCGAGCGUCCUGCCGGAGCUGCUGCGGCAGUUCCCGCCCGACGACGUCUUCACUGCCGACGAGGCGGCGCUCUUCCCCCGCGGGUUCGUCGACCGGGGGCUCGCGACGACGGCUGAGGCCCCCUGCGGCCGCAAGAGGGCAAGGAAGCGAGUGACGGUCCUGGAGUGCGUCAACGCGUCGCGCAGCGAGAAGCGGCCUCUGGUGGUGCUCGGGAAGUCGGAGAAACGGAGAAACGCGUCCAACGACCUGAGCCAGCUGCCGGCACUCUACCGCAGCUCUGCCAGUGCCUGGAUGAGCGCCGCCGUCCUGGACGAGCACCUGCUGAGCUGGGACGGGGAGCUGCGGCACAGCCGCCGCAAGAUCGCCCUCUUGCUCGACGGCGGCUCUCUGCGCCAGACUGAUCUCCACCUGACCAACAUCAAGUUGGUCUUCCUCCCUCCACCACCACCGAGCCUCGUGGUCCACGUCCGCCCAGCAGACCCGGGGGUCGGUGGCGAGACGACGGGCGACUCGCACGAUGUCCCGGUGCCCAACGACCCGGCCGCUGAAGAGCUCAAAGGGUGCGAUGACGCUGACGUGAAGACGUCAGAGGAGUUUUGCGAUGCUGAGGACUUGGCCGCUGCGUGUGCAGGCAAGGAACCAAAGUGUGAAUGGGAUGAGCAGCCAGAUGCUGGCGAGGACGAUAAUGAUGAUGAUGAUGAUGCUGAUGAUAAGGAUGAAGCUCUUCCCCUGCCCUCAGACGCAGAGACUCAGAACGCCCUGAGCAUCCUGCGUCGAUUCAUGUGCCAUCGCGGACUCACUUCAAGUGACAGUUUUGCCGCAAUCGAAUUGGAAUUCACGCGUGCAAUUUCCAAUAGUAACGCGCAAUCGCAGUCGGGUAGUUUUCCGAAAAGGUGAGCAUUCCAUUUUUAGAUGAACGGAGUUUCCUCCAAUUAUCGUGAUUUGUUAUAGAGCUGUCUACGCCACGGUGUCUCACGAGCGCUUUACACGUGAUAAGCGACUUGCAUCAUCACAUCUAAACACAUUUUUUUGAAAGGCCACCCGCUGUUACCUGUGGGCAUAAGGUGGCUCAGCACCUGGCCAGCAAAGCGGGUAAUAGUCUGCCAUUAGGGAGGGGGGGCGAUGUUGCGAUUUGUAAUCCCAACCGAGUAAUUUGUGGGUAAUUUUUUUACUUAGAAAAUUCUAACCGUGACACGAGCACACAAUGGCCGACUUGCUUUUAAUGACGCGAGAGGGAUCGUAAGCGUCUACUGUAAAGCAGACGGCACCUUCUUGGUUCUUUCGGUAAAGUCACGUAGAAGGUAAAUAAUAAAAUAAUAAAAAUAAAACAUAAUCAAAUACAAUUCUCAUGACAUUUCAGCCACAACGCAAGCAGCCGUCCUCGGGUGAAGAACAGGGCUGUUGCGAGAAUUGUAUUAUGUUUCAUUUUUAUUAUUUUACUAUUUCCCUUCUACGUGACUUUAGCGAGAGAACCAAGAAGAUGAAUCCCUGCAGUCACGAAAGCUUUAAAUCGAAAUCAGACGGCACCUGUUGUUACGGUUAAUACACCCGCAAUAAUAACCAGGCUGGCAUUCAGGAUUCGAACCUUGAACCUCUGCAGCAAGCGGCGUAGGCGCAGCCGCUGGGCGGCGUCAGGAGAUGGAGCGAUGAAAUGAGCUCCUGCACGUGGCAGGUGGAUCACCACAUGGCAGGAUCGCGGGAGGCGGCGGAACGGCCGGGCUGAUGUUGCCUCCCAGCGUUCAUCAUUUCUUGCGAAAUACUCAUUAAUGCGACUUCAAACAUUGCGUACGGAUUUUGGUUGUAGAAAAAUGUUGAUGUCAAUUAAAGAAGCAAGGUGAUUGUA